CGUGUCCGUCGAGAUACUCAGCUGCUAGCGUCACCAUUGGCAAAAUAAACAGGAUCCGUCGGCAAGUCGGCGCAUUUAUCGGCUGCAGGUGCUCGGGUUGCGCCGACUGAGUCGAAAUGAUGUCUAAUUCGGCAAGCUCUCCGGCGCUGGCGGCCAAGGCAGCCGACCAAGAGCUCAACUCGAUCCUCAGCGAGAUGAACCAGGGACACGCAGAAGCCGCCCUCAGAAGUCACGCAACUUCACUUCCGACCACACCGACAGCAGGUGCGCCCAAAAAUGGUGAUCUCUUUCGCAACUCGGCUUCAAAGAUGGAAACUGUGAAAAACUGGGGGAUUUCCACUUACAAAUGCACCCGGCAAUUGGUCUUAGAGAAACUGGGCAAAAGUACUCGGACUGUUGACACUGAACUCGAGACUCAAAUAGAGCAGCUUAGAGACACACAGCGUAAAUAUGCAAAUAUUUUACGUCUGGCCCGUGCCCUAUCAAGUCAUUUUCAUCAUGUUGUCCAAACACAGCAUGCCUUGGGCGAGGCGUUUUCUGAACUGGCUCAAAAGUCACCAGAGCUGCAGGAGGAGUUCCUGUACAACUCGGAAUCGCAGCGUUGCUUAACCAAAAAUGGGGAGGCCUUGCUGAGCGCCCUGCAUUUCUUCGUCAACUCAGUCAACACGCUCUGCCACAAGACAAUCGAGGACACCUUGUUGACCAUCAAUCAGUACGAGGCUGCUAGGAUUGAGUUCGACGCCUACCGAGCCGAUCUCGAAGCUCUCAGCCAAGCUCCACGGACGGACCCGCGGUUUGAGGAGGCCCAGCAAAACUACGAAUCACAUAAAACCAAGUUUGAGAAUUUAAGAGCUGAUGUAGCUGUCAAACUCAAAUUCCUGGAUGAAAACAGGAUCAAAGUGAUGCACAAGCAGCUGGUGCUUUUCCACAAUGCGAUCUCAGCAUAUUUUUCUGGCAACCAACAGGCGUUGGAAUCAACACUGAAGCAAUUCAAUAUCACAGUAAAACCGCCUAGCAAUCCAUCCUGGCUCGAGCACUGAGAGGCUGAUGAAUCGGACGGACGAGAGGUGUGGCUUUCGGAGACGGAGGAGCGAGCUACACGCAAUUAUGUAAAAAGCAGAUUUUCUUUCGCUUGGCUUUUUAUUUUCACUGUAUCUAGUCACUUCAACAACACACAAGUGUUUAAGGAAACUUGUAUCGAUCACAUUCCUUGUAAUAAAAGGAUUUAUUUGAUUUUGAGUA